GUUGUUUUCAUGAUCUGGAAUGCCAUCAACGACCCUCUUUUCGGGUACCUUCAGGACAACUCUCAGGUGCCCUGCUGCUCCCGCCGUCAGUUUUCGAUCCUGUACGGCGCCCCCUUGUACGCUCUGGCUUUCCUCCUCCCGUGGUUCCCUUGGAAACAGUACGGGGAAGACGACUGGCUCUGCGGGCUGCAUCUGAUUGUGGCCUUGUGCGCCUUUGACGGGCUGCUCACCUUCGUCUUGCUGGCGCAAUGCGCGCUUUUCGCCGAAAUCUCCACCCGGCACGAGAGUCGCCUCCAGCUGAUUAAGUACAACCAGGUGGCCAGCUUGAUUGGCUCGACCAGCAUCCUGUUCUGCGGUUUGAUCUCGGACAACAUGGAACGCUUUGCCUACUUCCAGGCCUUCGUGGUGCUUGUAGCGGUCAUCGCAACGGCGUGCAUGUCCUACACCGGCUUCUACAGCACAACUCAGUACGAGCGACGGGAACUGUUGAUGGAAGGGUCUGAUCCAGAAAAGGGCCCCUCCCUCUCUUGGUCUUCGGUAUUCUCGUUGACCCGCCAGAUCUUGACUCAGAAAAACUUCCUGCUUUUUGUCGUCAUGAACUUUUUCCAAGUCUUCCACUUAGCCUUCUGCAACAAUUUCAUGAUGAUCUUUGCAGAUAAUCUCAUCCCGAACGGAGUCCUUUCCUCCUCGGUCAGAAGUUUUAUGUAUGGGGCAGGUUUCAUUUGUCCUCAGAUCUCCGCUCUCGUCAAUGGUCUUUGGAACCAACGCUCUCUUCACAAAACCAGCUCAGUCCUUAGCGCCUAUGCUUGUGGUUUCCGUACUAAAUCAAUUUGGCUACGCAGAUCUGAAUAGUAAAGCUGUCAAUCCUGACUCCAGUCUCUACUUAGGUCUCCAUGAUGCCAUGUUCUACAUGAUUUGCCUAGUGCCUCUCUGCAUUGCGGCGAUACAGAUCCUUACCUGGACUCCUUUUUCCAUCCAGAAUACUCACCUGACGCCGAUACUAUGAACUGUGUCAAGGUGAGCAUUGCUGAACGGUGUUCAAUUUGACAGGUGCCAAUGGCUUUUCCUGGAUUUUCCUAACUCUCUGAACGAGCCAAUCAAAUGCAGCCUGUGCCAUUUCGUGAUCCUCUGCAUUUUUAAAUCUUAUCAUUCUUUGUUAUGAAGUAGGAAUCUUUUUUCCUAAGUUCCAUUGAUAUACCAAGUCAAAGGAGACCAAUUAAACCUUGCAAGUAAAUUGGGUGCACACUCUUUUAAGUUUCUGUCUCACCUUAACAACACGCAAGGGAUAAAUAAAAUGCCUACGUACCACCUAUUAAGACCAAAAAAAAAGGGGAGAUGAUAAAUGAACUCAGGAUGGGACAUCUGAACACCAUACCACCAUGGUUUUUGGAAGGUUGAAGGAAAUACGGAGGGCUGCAUAACCAGGAAACCAAGUGUGGCAAUAUCCUAGAAGCUUUUGCUUUCUAUAGAGGCCAUCAAUACUGGGUAUAUUUGUUAGAAAGAGCAGUGGUGAUUUGGCAUACCACAGUGUAGUUUGUCAGUGGUGGCCAAGGCAGUAUAUGGUGGAAUAAUCGAAGUGAAGGACAGAAAUUUUUGUAGGAACCUGAUGAAAAGGCUUGAGAGCAGGAGAAAAGCUGUUUUCUUGGAACUUUUUCUCAAGCUGUGAAGCUUAAUGUUGAGUUUCUUGGGUGAUAGGAAAAUAUAUAUUAGGAAUAUAGGCCUUGAAUGUCUUUUAAGUGCCACUUAUAUAUCAGCCGAUGUCUGCAUUUUGUUUUUCUGCCUUAUUAAUUUGGGAUUAAUUUGGGAUUUCUUUCUAUAAAAGUCUUCCAUUUUUACUGUUUUCAAUAGUAUUUGUAAUGAAUGGAAAACAAAUGUUACUUGACAGGGUGAAGUCUGAAUUACAACCAAAAUAAAUCGUACUAACCUUU